AACUAAAUAAUUCACAAAUCACAGCCUUUUGAAUUCCAUUGCUUAAAGUUACACCAAACACACAGAGCAAAAAGACCAUGGCUCUAUCACUUGAAAAGAAACUCGCGAUUGCCUUGUUGGUGGUUUUCUCGACAUGGGCAUCUCAAGCCAUGGCCCGACAGUUGAUCAAUGAAGAUGCCCUCGUUGAGAAGCACGAGCAAUGGAUGGCUCGCCAUGGGCGCACUUAUCAGGACAGUGAAGAAAAAGAGAGACGGUUUCAGAUAUUCAAGAGCAACUUAGAGUACAUUGACAACUUCAACAAGGCCUCCAAUCAGACUUACCAGUUAGGUCUCAAUAAUUUUGCAGACUUAUCCCAUGAAGAAUACGUUGCUACUUACACUGCACGCAAGAUGCCCGUACUCCCUACAGCAAACACCACAACCAAGACAACGCUAUUCAAUAGUGAUGAUAUUAACCAGGUUGAGGUUCCGGAGAGUAUUGACUGGAGAGACCAUGGCGCUGUCACCCCUAUUAAGAACCAAUACCAAUGUGGGUGUUGCUGGGCAUUUUCAGCGGCGGCAGCCGUGGAAGGGAUCGUAGCUAAUGGUGUCUCACUGUCAGCUCAACAAUUACUAGACUGUGUGAGUGAUAAUCAAGGUUGUAAGGGGGGUUGGAUGAAUAAUGCUUUUAAUUACAUAAUACAAAACCAGGGCAUAGCCUUAGAAACGGAUUACCCGUAUCAACAAAUGCAACAAAUGUGCAGUUCAAGAAUGGCUGCAGCCCAGAUAAGUGGUUUUGAAGAUGUAACUCCAAAAGACGAGGAAGCCCUGAUGAGGGCAGUAGCAAAGCAACCUGUAUCGGUCACCAUUGACGCUACUUCUAAUCCAAACUUCAAAUUGUACAAAGAGGGAGUGUUCACUGCAGCAGGCUGCGGGAAUGGACAUAGCCAUGCUGUGACCUUAGUUGGGUAUGGGACAAGUGAAGAUGGGACCAAGUAUUGGCUAGCCAAGAAUUCAUGGGGUGAGACUUGGGGAGAAAGUGGUUACAUGAGGUUGCAGAGAGAUAUUGGUUUAGAAGGAGGUCCUUGUGGCAUUGCAUUGUAUGCUUCGUAUCCUACCAUUAAUUAGACCCGCUCUAUCUAAGAAUAUUACAACAUGCAUAAAAUAAAAGAAAAGACUCAUUAAUGAAAUUAUUAAUAGAUUAUGGA